AUGGCCCUAAAUUUCGUCAAGUACCUCGCUCGGCAGAAAGGGAGCUCUUUAGAAGCCACAAUCGCGCCAAAGCCCUCGGUUCUUCACCCAAGAGAAGUUCUGAUUCGCGUCAAAGCUGUCGCUAUCAACCCAGCCGAUUAUAAAAUGAUUGAUCAAGGCCACCGAGUCACCGAUUGGCCCCUAGUCCCCGGCCUAGAUGGAGCGGGCGUUAUUGAACAAGCGGGCGACGAGGUGGGGGAUUUCAUGAUUGGAGAUCGCGUCCUCGCUUUGUUCACCCCCGGUGAUCGCUCUGGGUCAUUCCAAGAGUACGCCGUGGUGGAGGAAAAAGAUGUGGCUAGAUAUCCAGCCAAUUGGUCGCCAGAAGAAGCAUCUACUUUGGGUGUCUGUUACCUCACGGGCAUUAUGGCCCUCGGCAUCGGGUUAAAAACGCCACUCCCAUUCCUCGAAGGUGGACCAAUUUUAGGGCUGCAGCCUUCUUCGGUUUUGAUUCUUGGUGGAAGCUCUGCGGUCGGCGCUGCCACAAUUCAGCUUCUUCGCCUCGCAGUUCCCGAAUGCAGAAUCCUUGCGACCAGCUCGCCUCGACAUCACGACCACAUCAAGAAUUACCUGGGGGCAGAUGAUGUGAUCGACAGAAACUCAUCUUCAUUGCCUUUCGAUGCAAAGCAGGCCACUCCGGGCUCUCAAGGUGUCGACGCAAUCAUUGACGUCGUUGGCGCUGGCCGCGAGCAAAGAGACAUCUUUGAAGCACUCAACCCGAACGGUGCCAAGAUAUAUGCACAGGUUUGGACAGGAGACGAGCAGAUUGAUGAGCCUGACAGCGUGAACUCAAUCAUGUUCCGAGGCCGCGACCUCCCCCAGCUGCCAGGGAAUCAAAACAUAGUUCAUUCUCUGGCGCAAUUAUUGGAGGGUGAUAAAUACAGGCUUCCUUUGCCAGUUCACCAUGUGGGUCAUGGGUUAAGUGCUUUGGAAAAGGCCCUAGAAUUGAUGCGCUACGGCGUUAGUGGAGAGAAAUUAGUCGUGUCCAUCUAG